CCCACGUACCUGUCAGUUGAACCGAGCCUAGAAUAUUGCUGAGGAUGAUGAAAAUCCAAUUGGGUAGCUUUUCGGCUGAGUCGGUCUCCACUAGCUGAGAACGUUGUGCGAAUGGCCGUGGUUGAGAGGAAGUAAACAGAUACAGAGCGCAUGAGAAAAUGUCACAUUUCAAGAAUGCUGAUGAAAAAUGUGGAAUGAAAAAUGCCGUGUGUGUAGGGAGUUCUGAAUACGACUGGAAAACGGCUUUGGAAAACAAUGAUGUGUGGGAAUUCGCGCGCAAAAUGGAAGGCAUUCGUUAUUCUGCAGACAGUUUUGUUAACCAGAUGUGCUACUACAUGUAAUGGACUUUUUGAAGUGGAAACGUAUGCCAGGCAGAGAAAAUGUUAGUGGUAAAUGUCAGAAACGUUAUACUGUUUUUUUAUUUUCCUCAUGCCAAUGCAGCCCAGGGCACCCUAGAGGCUGACUCGCUACUCGCUGGUAACGAGUGCAGUCUGCACAAUUUGUGUUCAGUCCUUUCUAUAAGGUGAUGUAAGUCGUGAGAUAUUUUAUCGAGUCACCGAACCGACGAGUCUGUCAAAGGAGCCAAGAGCUGUAAGAGAGAGUAAAAAUAGACCCACACAGUGAUCAGCAACACAGACAGUUUAGUUAGGACACAGUGUACUUUCAAGUGCAGUAUGUAUUUUGAUCAGUAACCGUUUAUUUCAGCCCGUGAAUUUCUUUUGAAGUCGCACAUUUUGUUGAAUGUCAACGUUGCUGGUCAGCAGUGGCAAGCAUUAGUUAUCAUGUCCAUAUUUAGGACGAGAGAUGCUUGGACAACGAAUGUCAGUUCUCAAGCUGAUGUCAGUUCCAUCCAUGUUGGCAACCUCAUUGCCCAGAACCCCCUUUCGUGCCAAAUAAUUCACGCUUCAUAUGAAGGGACCAUUACAAUUUACUUUCCUGAUGAUGUAUACUGUCGGCUGCCUGCUGCGGAUAAAGUCGUCAGCGAACCACCUCGCCUUGUACAUAAAUGUGGAGAGCCCAUUCUUUCAGUUCUUACUGGAAAAUUCAGUUCGGAGAACCCUCAGCGUACUUUUCUAGCUGUUCUUCACCCAUCAAAACUCGGUGUUUACAGCAUUUGUGCUGAGAAAAUCUCUGUUGGUUGCACGGAGGGAUUCCUUGAUGCUUGGAAGAUGGAUUUAUUGUUCGAUGUUUCCUUUCCUUUGGCUGUGUUUAACAUGUGUUGUGGUAUAUUGUGUGAGGAACAAUCGUACGAGAGCAUCUGUGUUCAGUCACUUGGUUCGGUUAUUCAUAUAUACAGUGGAACAACUUUGGUGACUUCAAAAAGGAUACCAGACACAUUGUUUCCUGGUCCACUGACUUAUUCCAAUUGUCACCGUUCCAUUAUUACCACAACUUCUUCCGGAGUCAUUUCCUGUUAUGAAGUCAGAGACAUACUAGAUCAAAGUGCGUCCUACUCCGAAUACAAGCACAGCUUUCGGGAAGUCUCAAAAACAAAUCCACCUUGUGAUUUUGCGGUGGCAGUUGCCAGCUGGAUUUUCCCUGUUGGUGAGCCGGUUUUUCAAAUGGAUGUGAUUGAAACCAAUUACAAACAAUCAGAUUGUGAAGCCUUUGUUGUCGCCGUCUGCAGAAGCAGCAUUUUCCUAUUAUCGGGAGCCGGAAAACUGCUUGGCGUCAGACGUCUUCAAAUGACGCCGAGUCUUCUAUGUCCAAUCGGAUUAUCCCAUGUACAUCGAAGAGAAACUGGAAAUCACUCAGUCUUCCUGCAACCGAGAUUUUGCGUUGCAACCGAGGAGCAAUAUUUGCUGGUUUUUCGGGGUCUACAAUUGACAUGGUUGGCUAAAUUGCCAUGGAAUCCUGUCAGCAUAACCAUGCCCUCGACCGCAUACAUCGGUACCCGCGACGAAUUGCCAGUUAUUGGCAAAAACUCAGUACCCGGUCUUAUUGCCUUAUUGGGACCACAGGGUCAGCUUUCCCUCUCUUAUCUAGGUACAUCUCCUCCAAGAGAAAUGGGGUUGACAGGAGUAUGUGGCAAUGAAAGUGAGAUGAAAAGGACCUUUGUGACUGAAGACGUGGAAAAACAAGAAGAGUUGCUUAAUUCCGAGUUGGAGGCAUUAAAAAGAAGAAUACAAAGCUUGUCUGAAGAUAAAAGUGGUUUUCCUGCGCAUAUGGGAAGAAUGAAAGGUCACAACACAAGGUCUCACGUCCGGAUACAAGCAUCUGUGUCGUUAAGUCAAACGACAUUAGACAUAAAUACCAACCCUUCUUGUUCUCUUGACAUCUGUGUCGCGUUUAGAAUGAAAUCUGAAUUGUCUUCAAGUGAUCCCAUGUUUCUGAGCAUUCACUCUUGUCCGCCCAUUGUGGUUGUUCCAAAUUAUCUAACCCUGCCUGCAGCCACCGAACGUUGGACAGAAACCGGGCGAAGAAAUGCAGAUAGCAGGUACGAGUUUCAACACACCUGUCGGUUGUCGGUCGUGGUUGAUUCACAUCACCCACUUGCCUGUCUAACACCGCAAGACCUUGGCAUUCAUCUGGUCUUAGCUUACUCUGUUACACGAACUGCUUCUGACUGCAUCAGUAGUCAACAGGAAUUUGAAGAGUGCUUCGUUAAACUCCCGUUAGAUUUUGUACUUCAUGGAAAGCCUUGUGAGAAGGCAGACGUCGCUGGUUUACAUCAGCUGAAAUUCACAAUCUCGCAAGCAAUAUAUCCAUUGAACUGGGCGACGGUUUUACCUGCAUUUCGCUUGAAAGAGUAUACAGGUUCAAGCUUUUGUUUGUGGCUGCCCACGUUAUCCAAUACCGGAAGAAACGGCGCACUCAGAUCUGGCGGGCGACGGCUGUACGUGACUCUCAACUGCUCAAAACGUCGACUGAAACUACAGUCGUCUUCAGAAGACAUGCUAUGGCCGGUUCUCAGUGAGAUUUACUCAAGUUUAGCGAGUCUUUCGCGAAGUAUGUCCAAGUUUGGUGAGAGACCGCUGUUGCUCGUAAACACAAGUCAUCGUAAAAAUGAAACUCAACAAUCUUUUGCGUUUACGCCGGUUCUGCCGGAAAGCAUGUUUCAGUUAACUUCUCUCUUUGACUGCCUCUUCAGAAAACUGCAUCAACACUUGGAUUCCAGAAUCCAAAUUGCUACAACAGCGGCUAGAAAUACCAUCCAGAGCCGUCACCUUCGAACGGUGCAGACUCACAUUAUGGGCAGAAUCAAAGAAAGCAUUCCAAAGAGGUUGAACGGGUUUGGAUUGCUUCUGGAAGAAAGCAUAUGCAAGCUUAUAGAAGGUUGUGACGAAGCUACAGUUGCAUCCGAAAACCAAAUGCUUCAUGGCGCUUCGGUGGUCUCGUUGAUUACACUCUUGGGCUUCCUCAGCGCCACCUGCAUCGUCGGAUCUAGAGUCAGUAACCGAAUACUAGAGGCUUCCAGAAUGCUUCGGCCUAUCCAUCUGCUAACUGCCGUCGAAUCGACCGAACUUGUAGAGGUUUACAGAGGUUACGCAACCAUACCCGAAGAAAGUCAACCGAAUUGUAAUGGGGAUUCCCCAAAGGCACAGUUUACCGGUCUGGAAGAGUGCUUAAGCACAACCAUAUCCGAAAUUUUGCUCAGAGUAGGAGAUGAGAAUGAGAGUUGGAAGGAAAGCGCAUCAAAACAGUUAGCUCACUCUGUUAUUCCGGAUGUAAGUUGGAUUAUUGAAAACUUUCUAACUUUGUGCUGCAAGCUUGCAGGAUGCGGUUCUGUGAGACUUCAAGGACCACAGAAAUUACCGGAAGCAGAAGCAAGUCCAGAAAGUGAUAAAGAUGAUCAGGUAACAGAAUCGUGACCUUCCUUUACCUCAGGUUUCGAGCUAUUUUUUGUUGAUUCCUACAUUGUACGCGUAUUUGAACCAUUUUAUAAAUUAUAAUUUAUUGAGAAGA